UGGCCUUAGCAGUUUUGGGUGGCAGUUUUCAGUCCUGACUGUGGGGGUUCAGGUGGACUGGACUGAGCAUGGCCUGCAGGUCCCAAGUCUCCCAGUGACUCAGUGAACAGCCAGGUUCUGGGGUCUCUUGGUGAGGGGCUGUUCCUGGCUUGGAGGGCCCUCCUGCUGGAGGGUUAUUGUGACACUUCUGGGCGAGUGAGGGCACUAAUAAGAUUGGGACUAAUGGCUUCCUGCUGAGAAAUGUGACCAGAGCUCAAGGUCAGAGUGCAAAGGCUGCUCCCGGGGAGCAAAUGGCCGUCCCUGGACAGCGCCCCCCACCCCCAGAUCCUGGUGCUUCUGUUACCUGCAGGCUAUAUUUUUCAGGUCACCCCAUUAGCUUGAAGGGGGAAUUGGCAGAGGCACAGGGUCCCUUCCCCUUAUCUGGUCUCCAAGCAGGCUCCACCUCAGGGAACCCCACAGAAGGCCACAAGUACAGGGGUGCCUCCAUCCUGGGCAUUGGAGCUGUAGGAAUUGGAUCUUCAGGUGGGUGGAAAGAGGGGCCGAACCAGGGGGGAGAGGUCUGCAUCCUCUAUAGGUGACAUGGUGUGGGGCUGCCUGGGAGAAUGGAACGUGAAUUCUCCUCAGGGGCUUGACAUAGACCACCCCUGGCUUCAGCUUCUUCCUCCAUCCUGUGAGCCUGGCUGGGAGUUGGCAGGGCCUGGAUGGCCAGGGAGGGUUGGGGCCCGGACACAGCUGGCUGGACUGGGAGUCAGCGUGUGGCCUCUUCACAGGCAGGGUCCAACUUUGUGGGGAGUCUGAGCCCCAGCCUGGGAGGAAACCCUGCUUGGAAGGGUGGUGGGUGGAAGAUUCAGAGGCUUCAGAUGGAAGAAAGGUUCUGUCGGUGACUCUGAUGGCCACCCUGGGGACCCCCAGGUUGUGGGGCUGGGGGAUGGUAUGUCCUGGCAGUGUUACCUGGGCUAGCAGUCAUUCUAUCGAUGUCCCCUCCCCUUGACCUCAGGUAGCAGCUGGCCUGGGAUCCUCACUGAGGAGCUGAUUCCUCAUCAGAAGCCGCUUCUCCUUCUGGUGAGAAGCCUGAUGGAGUCAUUCCCGUACAUCCCCCUGGGUUUGAAUUUGGGUCCUGGCUGCAAGCUGUGGAGUCCUGGUCCCCAGAGCAUAACAGGCAGGGAGCAGGAAAGCAGCUCCCCAAGAAGGGCCCCUGAGCUGGGUUCCUGCCCUCGGGGAUUCACUCCCAGGCAGCUGUGCCUCCUGCUGAACGCUGAGAACAUCUUCCACUCGAUGGCAGACAUCUUGCUCCGAGAGGAGGACCUCAAGUUCGCCUCCACCAUGGUGCACACCCUCAACACCAUCCUGCUCACCUCCUCUGAGCUCUUCCAGCUCAGGAACCAGCUCAAGGACCUGAAGACUCUGCCCUGCUGUAGGUCUGCACCUGCAGCUGCUCGACGUCAAGAACAACCCGUACCUGAUCAAGGCCCUGUAUGGCCUGCUCAUAUUGCUGCCCCAGAGCUGUGCCUUCCAGCUGCUGUCCCACCGGCUCCAGUGCAUGCCCAACUCUGAGCUGCUGCAGACCGAGUGUACCCUGGCAAUGGCGUUGGCCCCUGGCAGAUGCCCAAGAGGCAGAUGAACGGACAGAGCCCAGGCCAAGAAUGAGCAGGGCAACCGCAGUCUCUGGUCCAGGACCAGGGAAGUGCCACAGAGGCUGAGGUCCCUGGGGUGGCCCUGUGCUCCACGCAGGCCAACCUGGUGCAAUAUGGCAACUACAGUCAAGUUGAGGCCACUCAGGGCUCUGUGGGCUGAUGACCGACUGGAGGUAGGUCGUGGGGAGGGUUUGGCCCAGGCACAGCCUUGUAGACCAAUGAAACCAAUUUUAUCUAAUAUAUAUAGAGAGAGCUACUAUCCUUUCCUGCCGUUCCUGUCUCAAGGUCACAGAUGUGCCAGCACCUCAUCCUACCCUGUCCUGGUUGUCACUUCUCCGGGGUUCUUUCCACCCGAGGCUGCUCGCCCUUUCAGGCCCCUGGAUCUUCUCAAGCAGUGGCUUAUCAGGGACAGUUCCCGGCCCAACGGCUGCUUUUCUCCCACCCCUUUGUGCUGCACCCGCCUCCCCCAGGUAGGACCUGGCACUCACAUGGUGUCACCUGCCACCUGUCCCACCCUGUGCUUCCCUCUGUCACUCCCCCUUCUCAGCAUCAGCUGAGUCCCUGCUGAGCCAGGGGCUGGGUCCCAGGUGAGUCAGACCUGCCCCACCCAGACCGGGAGGAGACCCACAAGGCCUCCCUGCGUGCACAGGUAGAGGGCACUUGGAAGCAUUCGGGGCAGGCCUGCGGGCAGUGGAUCCAUGAUGUUGAAGAAUGAGUGGGUAAGAGGCCCAGACAGA